UUGCCUCCGCCGGGCCGUUGAAAGCGCGCGCCACGCGCCCCCUCGGCUUCUUUUGCCUGCGCCUGCGCGUGGAGCCAGUGGUCCCGCGCCGCGGUUGUUCGCUCGGGCCAGUUCUCCCGCCUUGAGCUGGCGGUUUGUGUCGACUAUCUGCGCCUGCGCGUGGGCCCGGGGUCGCGAGCGCCGAUUGUUCGCCGGGUGGCCCUCCCGCGCCGCGCCUGCGCGUUUCCUAGCGCCCUCAUGCGGUGAUUGAGUCCUCCCGCGUCGCGCUUGCGCCGUGAGGCCGGCCGGUCCUCCCGCCCUUUUUUGGCGCUGCCAUGGCCAUGUGCGAGGAUGUGUUGCUGUGUAACUUCAGCCGUUGCCGGGCCCGCCUCUCAGGCUUCGCCUGGGUCACCGCCUGCUCACACGUCUUCUGUGACCAGCACGGCAGUGGCGAGUUCAGCCGCUCGCCCGCCCUUUGCCCUGCCUGCAAGAGCGCGCUGGCCGGCAAACUGGACAUUGUGCGCACCGAGCUGAGCCCGACCGAAGAGUACAAGGCGAUGGUGCUGGCGGGGCUGCGGCCUGAGAUCAUCCUCGAUAUCGCGUCCCGGGCUCUCGCCUUCUGGACCUACCAGAUUCACCAGGAGCGCAUGUACCAGGAGUAUGCCUACAGCAAGGCGGAGGGCCGCCUGAGGCAGAUGGAGAAGAUGUACACCCAGCAGAUCCAGGGCAAGGACAUGGAGGUGAGCAACAGUCGCAGCGAGGUCAGCUCCCUGAAGAAGCUGUUGGAGGAGUACAAGAAGAAGUACAGUGAGAUGUCGGAAAAGCUGAUGGAGCGGAACCGGCAGUACCAGAGGCUGCAGGGCCUCUACGACAGCCUGCGGCUCCGCAGUAUAGCCAUGUCAGGGGAGGGGGAGCCCGGAAUGGCCUACAGCCUGCCCACAGCCUCAAGUGGCCUGAACAAGUUGCUGCCGGCAGACUCCCCGGGUCGGAGACGCUCAGCUGAAGGCGACUUCCGCCUCCGACCCUCCUUCUUCAGCUCGCCGGCUCCAGAAGGUGCUGGCAGUUUCUUCAGCUUCUCUCCUGGUGACGACCAGGACCGGGAGCAGCAUCAGCACCCCACCCUCGCCGCAACCAGCAGCUCCUUCAGAAUGAAGAGGAUGUGAGGAGAAUGGGGAUGAGAGGGUGUGGGAAGAGAGGGGAUGAAGGGUGGUGGGGAGAUGGGGGAAGGAGGAGAAAGGAGAAAGCAUCCCACUGCUGGGAGUUCAACAGUAUGUCCUGCUUUGUCUUUCCACAAUGUUACCCUGAAUAAACUAGUCA